CGGAGACUCGGUGGCGCCGCAGGUCGGGAGGAGGAGCACCGAGUGGAGGCUUUGCUUGCCGGGGCCGCCCGAGAGUAUCUUCAUCGCGGGCGCUGGGGCCGCCAUCUUAGAUGGCGGGAGUAAGAGGACGAGCGUGAGGCGGGAAGACUUCUCUGUCGCUCUCGUUGGGCCCCGAAAAGAGCCAAUUGGCCGGGCUUUGGGGCGUGUGCCCUGAGGCGCGGAGCGCAAGUGCUGCGAUGCGGGGGCUGCCCGGGGCCCCGUCCCCUGGGUUGGGGACGCGCCGAAUGUGACCGCCUCCCGCUCCCUCACCCGCCGCGGGGAGGAGGAGCAGACCAGACGCCGCCGCCGGACGACAGGACACUGGGGCGGUCCGGCUCCCUCAGGUUUAAGAUUGUUUAAGCUGCAUCAAUGGAGCACAUACAGGGGGCUUGGAAGACGAUCAGCAAUGGUUUUGGAUUUAAAGAUGCGGUGUUUGAUGGCUCCAGCUGCAUUUCCCCUACAAUAGUUCAGCAGUUUGGCUAUCAGCGCCGGGCAUCAGAUGAUGGCAAACUCACAGAUUCUUCUAAGACAAGCAACACUAUCCGUGUCUUCUUGCCAAACAAGCAAAGAACAGUGGUCAACGUGCGAAAUGGAAUGAGCUUGCAUGACUGCCUUAUGAAAGCACUCAAGGUGAGGGGCCUGCAACCAGAGUGCUGUGCAGUGUUCAGACUUCUCCAUGAACACAAAGGUAAAAAAGCACGUUUAGAUUGGAAUACCGAUGCUGCCUCUUUGAUUGGAGAAGAACUUCAAGUAGAUUUCCUGGAUCAUGUUCCCCUCACAACACACAACUUUGCUCGGAAGACGUUCCUGAAGCUUGCCUUCUGUGACAUCUGUCAGAAGUUCCUGCUAAAUGGAUUUCGAUGUCAAACUUGUGGCUACAAAUUUCAUGAGCACUGUAGCACCAAAGUACCUACUAUGUGUGUGGACUGGAGUAAUAUCAGACAACUCUUAUUGUUUCCAAAUUCCGCUAUUGGUGACAGUGGGGUCCCAGCACUGCCUUCCUUGACAAUGCGUCGUAUGCGAGAGUCUGUUUCCCGGAUACCUGUUAGUUCCCAGCACCGAUAUUCCACACCUCACGCCUUCACAUUCAACACCUCCAGCCCCUCCUCUGAAGGUUCCCUCUCCCAGAGGCAGAGGUCGACGUCCACACCUAAUGUCCACAUGGUCAGCACCACCCUUCCUGUGGACAGCAGGAUGAUUGAGGAUGCAAUCCGAAGUCACAGCGAAUCAGCCUCACCUUCAGCCCUGUCCAGCAGCCCCAACAAUCUAAGCCCAACGGGCUGGUCACAGCCCAAAACCCCUGUGCCAGCACAAAGAGAGCGGGCACCAGGAUCUGGGACCCAGGAGAAGAACAAAAUUAGGCCUCGUGGACAGAGAGAUUCAAGCUAUUACUGGGAAAUAGAAGCCAGUGAAGUGAUGCUUUCCACUCGGAUUGGGUCAGGCUCCUUUGGAACUGUUUAUAAGGGCAAGUGGCAUGGCGAUGUUGCAGUAAAGAUCCUCAAGGUUGUUGACCCAACCCCAGAGCAGUUCCAGGCCUUCAGGAAUGAGGUGGCUGUCCUGCGCAAAACACGGCAUGUGAACAUUCUGCUCUUCAUGGGGUACAUGACAAAGGACAACCUGGCAAUUGUGACCCAGUGGUGUGAGGGCAGCAGCCUCUACAAACACCUGCAUGUCCAGGAGACCAAGUUUCAGAUGUUCCAGUUAAUUGACAUUGCCCGGCAGACGGCUCAGGGAAUGGACUAUUUGCAUGCAAAGAACAUCAUCCACAGAGAUAUGAAAUCCAACAAUAUAUUUCUCCACGAAGGCCUAACAGUGAAAAUCGGAGACUUUGGUUUGGCAACAGUAAAGUCACGCUGGAGUGGUUCUCAGCAGGUUGAACAACCCACUGGCUCUGUCCUGUGGAUGGCCCCAGAGGUGAUCCGAAUGCAGGAUAACAACCCAUUCAGCUUCCAGUCUGAUGUCUACUCCUAUGGCAUCGUGUUGUAUGAGCUGAUGACAGGGGAGCUUCCUUACUCCCACAUCAACAACCGAGAUCAGAUCAUCUUCAUGGUGGGCCGAGGGUAUGCCUCCCCAGAUCUCAGUAAGUUAUACAAGAAUUGCCCCAAAGCAAUGAAGAGGCUGGUAGCUGACUGUGUGAAGAAAGUUAAGGAAGAGAGGCCUCUUUUUCCCCAGAUCCUGUCUUCCAUUGAGCUGCUCCAACACUCUCUGCCGAAGAUCAACCGGAGCGCUUCCGAGCCAUCCCUGCACCGGGCGGCCCACACCGAGGAUAUCAAUGCUUGCACGCUGACCACGUCCCCGAGACUGCCCGUCUUCUAGUCGACUUUGCACCUGCACUCAGGCCGCCGGGGGAGGAAGGGAAGUCAGCAGGCACCACUUUUCUGCCCUUUCUAUGGGGGCAGAGCACGUUGUCAGAGAAGCUGCUGCUAAGACCUUCUAGACUGCUCACAGGGCCUUAACUUCACGUUGCCUUCUUUUCUACCCCUUUCGGCCCUGGGAGGGGGAAGCCAUUCGAGAUGCUGGUCUGUCCUGCUCCCUCCCCUCAUGCCCCAUGCUCAGGGCCCAACCUCCAGAUGCACACGUGGAUGCUGAUGGCAAUACAAAAGCUGGGGCCCCAGCUGUUGGCUAAGUGAGUACUCUUAGGGGCAAGUAAAGGUAGCAAGCAGUCCAGCCCUGAUGUGGGGACACGUGGGACUUUGGAAAUCAGCUUCUGGAGGAAUCCGUAUCACAGGAGGGACUUUCUUCAGAGAGAGUGGUGCAGCACCAGACAUUUUGCACAUAAUGCACCAAGCAGCCCAGGACUGCUGAGAUUCCGGCUGCCUGAAGGAGCCUGCUUUGGUACUAUGGAACUUGGGGACACGUCCUCCUUUCACAGCCUCUGAGGUGUCUAGUGCAUGGGGAUGGUUCCAGGCGAGGCACUUGGCCUGCCCUCCCCGUCUUGGCCCUCUCAGGGAGCAGUCUGCCAUCAUGCUGAAUCUCGUCUUCCAGGAGCUGCCCCUAUGGGGUGGGCCGCAGGGCCAGCCUUGUUUCUCUCAUCACCAUGUGGAUGCAAGGAAGCCAGGAGCACAGGUUUUCUUGAUGAUUUGGGUUUUAAUUGUUUUUAUUGCGCCUGACAAAAAAUAGUUAUCUGAUGGUCCCUCAAUUAUGCUAUUUUAAUAAAAUAAAUUAAAUUUA